AGUUUGGUCGCGCGCUCGCCAGUGCAGUGAGCGCGAGGAUGUCGGUGAACGAGGUGCGCGUGUUCCGACCGUUUAAGCUGAUCGCGCUGCUGUGCGUGUUCCUCGCGCUGUGUCUGGACGUCGUGGCGCUCGUGAGCCCCGCGUGGGUGACGGCGGAGGGAUACGCGCUGUCCCUGUGGGAGUCGUGCUGGGAGCGCGAGGCGGAGUGGGGCUGUGUGUCCACGCUCCAAUCCGAUUGGCAGAUAGCAACGCUGGUGCUGUUGUUGGCGGGGGCGUCGGUGACGUUGGUGGCGUUCCUGGUGGCGGUGAUCUCUCUGUGUAGAGGAACACACCGGAAACACUACCGCACCAUCGCCGUGUUCCUCUUCACCGCAGUGGUUCUGCAGGCCUGUGCUCUGGUUCUCUACCCAAUCAAAUUCAUCGACGGGAAAAUGCUCCAGACCUACCACGAGUUUAACUGGGGCUACGGUCUGGGCUGGGGCGCUACCAUCUUCAUGCUGGGCGGGGGGAUCCUGCUGUGUCUCAGGACGGACAUGUACGAGGACGGCAUGUACUGAAUCCUCGGCCACGCCCCCUAAAGUGACAAACCAAUGUGAACGCACAGAUGGGCGGGGUUAAAGAUCGGACCUUAAACAUCACACAUCGUUCACCAUCACGUACAACCGUACACCACACAGCUACAUACUGUACAUCUAUACUGUAUUCUAAUAGGGAACAGUUUACGUUCUUUUUAACGAAUUUACCAAAAUAUAUCGCCCAGAUUAAGAUUAAACUUUACGUAUCGUAUAUAUUUAAUAUAUAUAAGGCCUGAGACUGUUAUACAGUGUGUAUAUAGUAUAAAGCUAAACGCUAACAAUUAUUAGCGAGGUUCUGAAUGCAGUAAAUUUAGUUUAAUACAGCUCAUUUCAAUUAUCUGAACUAUUUGGACAAAUUUCUAAAUAUAUAAAAGGUAUAAAAUGACAUUAGCGUGGUUCUGUUAAAACGUUAAACUGGUUUAAAUUUUAUUUUUCCAUUUACUCUGUUGCUAAACCAGGACUUGAAAGUUCCCAGCAUCUCGUAAUAGUUAAACAAUAUUUGCUGUCAUCGAGUUAGCAUGCUAGCAUGUUAGCAUUCUUAUUAGCUUAGCAUGGUACAUGCUAACUUUAUGCGAAAUAAAGAACUGUUUUUGUCAAAGAAGCGCAGUGCAAUGACUGUAGAAAACUCACCAAUACUCAUUAGCUCAGUAGCUCCGCCUCCUUUUCCCAAAACAAGCUUUUGUCUCAGACUGCCUUCACUGAGUUUACAGUACAACCUCAAGUACCAGAACCAGAAUGAACUAAACUAGCAUGUCUAACUGCGCUAAUGUUAGCUUAGCUGGCUCACUAACAGCCUAUUAUAUCACAUUAGAUCCUUUUAGACAUUUAUGCUAACAUCAAUCAGACUUACCAAAACGAAACUCAACGAGAAAGUGUAGCUAGUUAGCUAUCUUCUUACGAUAUAUCAGAAUAAGGUUAUGAACUGAUUUCUAAAGGGGAAAUAAAAUAAAAAUAAAAAUAUUUGGAAUUGUCCGGAUACUGGAGAUGGAUCGAGGCUGUUUUGUCGUUAAAAUAUAAGGAAAUGGGCGGAGCUACACGUCAUACUGCAACCAGCCAGCAGAGGCGCUAGACCUGAUAUAUGCUGUACUAGCUGUGCUUUUUCUACAGUCACUGUAAUUGAUUAAAUCUUAGUAUUAAAAUACACAGAUCAGAACCAUAUGUAAUAUAUACUCUAAUAUAUACACUAAACCCAAUUCUAGGAGGUCUGGGUUACAGAACCACUGUGUUAUAGCGUAAGAAAGCUUGGGAAAAACAUAAUUACAGUAUAAUAUGGAUUUUUUGGCUUAAUUAAUGCUAUUUAAAGCAGAUAAAAUUAUCCAUAUAUUGUCUAUCAAUAGACUGAAUAGCUGUACAGUUCUCACUAUUAUAACACAAUUAUAAUAAAAAUUUAAAAUUUAUCUGAAACAUAUAGGCCUUGAUGAUUAUACAUUUUUGGAUGAUAUAUUGACCCAGAAAUAAUUGAAAUUUAAAUGUAUAUUAUUGUAAUUUUAAGACAAUUCCAAUCUACAGAUAUAAUAAUAAUUAAAACAUGAUAGCAUAUAAAGUUGUUACAGUAUUUUACAUUAUUUUUAGAAGAGCAAUGCACUUUACUUAUUUAAAAAAAAUCAUACAAAUGAAAAAAUAUUUAAUUGUUAAACUAUUGAAAAUAUAUCAAACGUAAAUGCAUAUAAGUACUUAAUUUUUUUUUUAAAGAAAUCGACAUACAGGCUUGAUUAUAUUAAUGAACAUACAAAACAUAAUAGGUAAUAAAAUAAAUUUACCAAAAAAAUGAUUAAAGUAAUAAUAUUUUUUACAGUAAAUUGAUAUUCACGAUCAUAUUUAAAAGUCACAUGUUGGUUAUACUCCAAUUAAUUUAAAUAAGUAUAUAGUCAUAUUCUCUACAGAAAUAAACAUAUCUAAUUCAACACACAAUUAAGUAAUUUUCUACUUAUUUUAACUUUAAUUUUUUAUUCAUUUUACUCAUGGUAAUAUUAGGGAAGUUAAAUUUGGCACAUACAUGUUUUUUAUUAUAAAUUUCUGAAUUUUUAAAAGUGCAUUGCUCUUUUAAAGUCAUUUAUAACGGCAUUAUUAUUGUAAAUAUUAUUAACAUUAUGUCAGUGGAAUGGAAUGGUCUUAAAAUUUAAAUAAUAUGGUUUAUUACAAUUAUUUCUAAUAGAUCAUGCAAUAUAUACAUAAAAACAUUAUUAUGACAGUCCUAUAAAUAGUUCUUUUGGUUAUUUGAAAAUUUUGGGGUGACAAAAAGAUUUGCACAAACUCACAAUCAUACAUACACACACACACACACACACACACUGCUGUGUUAAAUAUAGGCCGAUAUUGAAGCCCUCUGGCUUCCACUGUGAGCUGUAGGAGAGAUGAAGUACGAGGAGCAGCUGUGUGAAAUGGACUACAACUCCCAUAAUCCUCUGAGUGAAGUUAACUACAAUUACUAUAAUCAUUUGUGUAUAUGAACUACAACUCCCACAGUCCUCUGUGUGAGAUUGACUACAACUCCCAUAAUCAUUUGUAUAUAUGGACUACAAGGUCUAUAAUCAUCUGUACUAAACAAACUACAACUACCACAAUUCUUUGAGUGAGAUUGACUACAACUUCCACAUUAUGCUGUAUAUAAUGGACUACACCUCCCACGAUCCUAUUUAAGGUUGCUUGUAAGACUUACAACUCCCACAACAAUCCUCUGUGUGAAAUGGACUACAACUCCCACAACAAAACUUCCACAUUAUGCUGUAUAAAAUGGACUACACCUUCCACAAUCUCCUAUAAUUUACAGCUCCUACAAUCUUUUGUGUCAAAUGGACUACAACUCUCACGACAAUCCUCUGCGUGAAAUGGACUACAACUCUCACAACAAUCAUUUGCAAGAAAAUGACUACAACUACCAUAACAAUCCUCUUUGUGAGAUUGACUAUAACUCCCAUACCAAUCCUCUGUGUAAAAAUGGACUACAAAUCCCACAACAAUCCUCUGUGUAAAAAAAGGACUACAACUCCCACAACAAUCCUCUGUGACAUUGACUACGACUCCCACAAUCCUCUGUGUGGGCCUCUUGAGGCCGUUCUGAGAGACUUGAGAUCAUGCCACACCCUCUUUCUUUGACCUUUGACCCCCCGAUUUCAGCAGCGUGUCCCGCGGAUCUCCACUCUCAUUGGACGAUGCAGUAAUUUGUUUUUAAGGACGUAUAUAUAUAUAUAAAUAUAUUAUUAUAUAUUUACUACUUUGUAUAUUUCUGGUGUUGCAUUAGGAUAGAGCACAGAUCAUCCUGUACAUGUGUUUAUAUAACACUCAGACUUUGUGUAUCACUGAAUUUGAGGGAUAUAUUUUAUGUUGUUUGAUAAUUUUGCAGUUUUUUUAUUUUAAUUUUCACUGUUGCUGGAUUCAGUGGAGGAGAUGAAGACGAGAAAUCCUGUGUUUUAGCUUUAUAUCAGACUUUUCUUUCAUUUUUGCAUUUAAUAAAAAUGUAAUAAAUGGUA